AUGAUGAGUACAGAUUCCUGCCGGACUCGUACCAUCACAGGCCCUGAAGACGAGAACGGGAUCUUUUUCGUCAAUGAAUUUACCUUCCAGGAAGACCAGGAGAAUGUCUCAGUCAGUUCAAAGAGGAUGCGGCGAAUGAACGUAUCCUUAGAAGUCCCCACCAGGGUGCUCCUUCGCAAAGAUGCGAUCGCCAAGCCGGCAUCAAAGAGCACUAAGUACUACCAGCCUCACGGCUCUGCAACCAGCGCUGACCUUACCUCAUUAAUCGCUUCAGUUGAGGAGCGUCCUAUCACCCUCAAUCUGAAUUCGGAGAGUGUUCAGAAGCAGCAGCUCGCUUCGUCUGCUAUGGCUGCAUCUAUGGAGGCGACGCACGUUAUAUGCAACAACUGUGGGGGCUAUCACUACACUUAUUGUUGUCCUCAAAAGGAGACCUACGAGCGGGACAUUAUCACGGAGAAGGGCGGCAUCUACGUGCCUCCAAGCAAGAAGAAUAAUGUAGAGAAGCAGACCUAUUCAUUGAAGCUGGACCCUGUUCCUCAUUUCUGGACUCGCGAGAACCUCCAGAAGCUUGUGGACAGCCUCUGCGAGGAGCUUCGUGUCAUGCUCAAGAAUCUGCAGAGCGAGGGAACCGUCAAGCAAGCACCAACAGCUGAGAAUUUCGAUCAGCUUACCUGGCGCGAGAAGGUCCGCAUCGAGAAAGAACGGAAAGAGGCCCUGACGCGUAGUAGUGAGCCAGCACAGGAGCCUCAGAGCCAGGAGAGCCAGGCUACCACCGCCGCUGACAACAAGAGUGACAAGCCGGAGCCAGAACCAGAACCAGAAAAUGAGCAAAUUGUUUCCUUGCGUGCUGCAAUUGCUGGUCUCAGGUUAGAAAGGGCGAGCUUUCCGCUCAAUAGGAUCGAUGGCCGGAAGCAGGGCUACGCAUACAUCAACCUGGGCACUAAGGAGGCUCAGCAAUCGUUCAAGGCACGCUGGGACGGUGCAAAGAUUGCAUCGGAGCAAAUUAUCAUGCACGUCCUACUCCCUGAAGAGUACGCACCUGCGCGCAAGUAA